GUAGCGGCGCUGGAGAGGCAGAUUUUUGAUUUUCUGGGCUACCAGUGGGCACCCAUCCUGGCUAAUUUUUUACACAUCAUGGCCGUUAUUUUGGGUAUUUUUGGGACCAUCCAGUACAGAUCCAAAUACCUCAUGAUGUACGCGGUGUGGCUGGUGCUGUGGGUCGGCUGGAACGCCUUCAUCAUCUGCUUCUACCUGGAGGUCGGACGCUUGUCGCAGGACCGAGACUUCAUCAUGACCUUCAAUACCUCACUGCAUCGCUCGUGGUGGAUGGAGAACGGGCCGGGCUGCCUGGUGACGCCGGUGAUGAACUCCAACCUGGCGCCCGAGGACCAUCACGUCAUCACCGUCAGCGGCUGCCUGCUUGACUACCAGUACAUCGAGGUAGUGAGCAGCGCCAUGCAGAUAUUCCUGGCGCUCUUUGGCUUCGUCUAUGCCUGCUACGUCAGCAAAGUGUUCCUGGAGGAAGAAGACAGCUUCGACUUCAUCGGUGGGUUUGACUCCUACGGCUACCAGGCGCCACAGAAGACGUCACACCUACAGCUACAGCCGCUCUACAC